AUGGUUCUAUCAGACCGUGCAAUGAGAGCAGUGAGAGAGGUGGAUCUGGAGGAGGGCGAGGCUACCUUCCAGUUCCGCCCCGACCGCACGUACUACCCUGGGCAGACCUACUCCGCUGAGGGGUUGGGGGAGGUAGAGGCGGAGAUGGUGCUAUCAGACCGGGCCAUGCGGGUGGUGAGGGAGGUGUACCUGGGGGAGGGCGAAGCUACCUUCCAAUUCCGCCUUGAUGGCACGUGGGACAGGGGACAUUGGGAAGCGGAGAUGGUGCUAUCAGACAGGGCCAUGCGGGCGGUGAGGGAGGUGGAUCUGGAGGAGGGCGAAACCACCUGCCAAUUCCGCCCUGAUUGCACCUACUACCUGGGACCGACGUACUCCGCUGAGGAGCUGGACAUAUCCCAGCCCCUUCCCGACGGCCCGGGGGAAACGCGGCGCAAGCUGCCCACCCCCACCACCAAGGAGGCCCUGCGCGCUGCUGACUUCCGGAACGUGCGCUUCCUGUCACAAUUCAUCUCUGAAACCGGCAAGAUUAAACCCAGAAACAAGACUCGUCUGUCUGCCAAGGCGCAGCGUCGCGUGGCUCGGGAGAUCCGAACCGCCCGGGUGUUUGGGCUCAUGCCGUUCACGCAGGCAGGCCGGCCGCCGUUUAGGUUCGGCAAGGACCCGAACCUGGAGUCAGGGGAGCUGGAGCAGGAGGAACUUGAGCUGGCAGCUGCUGUGGAGGAUGUGAAGGAGCUCAAGGCCAUGGCCGGGAGAUAG